AUGAAUAGUGAAACGACAGUUUUAUUGCCCACGAAGGGGCUCGUUGCAUUAGUUACUGGUGGAGCUUCCGGUCUUGGAAAGGCUACUGUCGAGUUUUUAAUAAACCGUGGGCUGAAGGUAGCCAUCGUUGAUUUGCCAUCUUCAAAUGGCGCAGAUGUAGCCAAAAGUUGCGGUGAAAAUUGUCUUUUCAUUCCAGCAAAUGUGACAUCCGAAAAUGAGAUAAAAGCUGCAUUCGAGACUCUGCGCGAAAAUUUCGGACGGGUGGAUGUAAUUGUUAAUUGCGCUGGAAUUUUAAUUCCCGGAAAGUUAUAUGAUACUGUGAAGAAAGAAAUGCAGAGUUUAAAGGAAAUUGAAGACACAGUCAACGUAGUGAAUGUAAUCGGUACAAUGAAUGUGAUUCAAUUUGCAUGCCAAAUGAUGGCUGAAAACGAAAAAGAUAAAGACGGGCAGCGAGGAGUUAUUAUCAAUGUUUCAUCAAUUUGCGCAUAUGAUGACAACUCGCUUCAUGCAUAUUCAGCAUCGAAAGGAGCGAUUUCUAGUAUGACAAGUCCUCUUGCUUUCGAAUUUGCGAGACAUGGAAUACGAUUCAUGGCUAUUGCUCCAGGCAUCUUUUCUACGCCAAUGAUAGCUAAUCUAAAUCUAAAUAAUUCUGAAGUGACAGAAAGUAUUAUGCUAAAUCCGAAACGAUUUGGUAAGCCAGUGGAAUUCGCUGCUCUCGUUCAUCAUAUUAUUGAAAAUCGCUAUUUGAAUGGCGAAGUUAUUCGAUUAGAUGGUGGAUUACGUUUGCAACAAUAA